AUGUCAUCAUCAGCCGCCCGAUACGGUGGUAACGCAGCUCGAAGUGCUGUUCGACGACCCCAGCGACCUGAUACUCUCGCAUCUAUGAGAAGGAAAGGAUCACCACCACACCUUCUCACUUUAGCAGAUUUAUCUCCUGAACAAAUCCGAACUUUGAUUCAAAAUGCUUUGGCAGCUAAAUACGUUUGCAAGAACCUUUCUCCCCGAGCAUUGAUAUCUAGUUUGAGCAAACGAACUGUAGCUUUAUUAUUCAGUAAAAGAUCUACUCGAACGAGGGUCGCAUCUGAAUCUUCUGUAGAAGCAUUAGGUGGACAUCCAAUGUUUUUGGGUAAAGACGAUAUUCAAUUAGGUGUAAAUGAAACUCUUGAAGAUUCAGCUAAAGUAAUUGGAAGUAUGGUUGACGGUAUCAUGGCUCGUGUUGGAGGUCAUCAUGAAGUUGAGACAUUAGCGAAACAUUCACCUGUACCAGUCAUCAACGCUUUAUCAGAUUUAUAUCAUCCAACUCAAAUCUUAGCAGAUAUCAUGGCAUUACAUGAACAUUAUGCUCCUCAACCCACUCCCCCCGACCACGAUGCAGCCGAAGGUGCUCAUACAUCAGUAUUGAAAUACUUCCAAUCUUCGGUUGAUCCCUUGAAGACCCUCAAAGGAAAGAAAGUAGCUUGGGUAGGAGAUUCUAAUAACAUUUCGAAUGAAUUGAUGGUCACCUUACCUCGAUUGGGUAUGGAAUUCAGCUUGGCCGCUCCUAAAGGUUAUGAUGCAGUUGAUGACAGAGUGUGGAAAAGGGUCAUUGAAGCAGGUACCGAAUCACUUGUCAAGCUCACCAACUCACCCGCUGAAGCACUCGCCAAUGCUGACGUUGUGGUCACCGAUACAUGGAUCUCAAUGGGUCAAGAGCAAGAGAAAUCUGAUCGAUUAAAGGCAUUUGAAGGAUAUCAAAUCACAAAUAAAAUGGUUACUGAUGCAGGUGCAAAAGAAGAUUGGAAAUUCAUACAUUGUCUACCCAGGAAACAAGAGGAAGUAGACGAUGAAGUGUUUUAUGGUCCCAGGAGUUUGGUUUUCCCAGAAGCUGAAAAUAGGAAAUGGACCAUCUUAGCUUGUUUCGAUAUGCUAUACGGUCAAUGGAGACUACCUUAG